UAGAGAGAGAGAGAGAUAUGGGAGAUAACAGCAACGUUUAUGCAAAUAAUCUGCCUCCGGGGUUCAGAUUCUAUCCGACGGAUGAAGAGCUGGUGGUUCAUUUCCUUCAACGUAAGGCGGCUCUAUUACCGUGCCACCCUGAUGUCAUCCCUGAUCUUCAUCUUUAUCCCUAUGAUCCCUGGGAACUUGAUGGGAAAGCUUUGAGUGAGGGGAAGCAGUGGUACUUCUACAGCAGAAGGACGCAAAAUAGGAAUACAAACAAUGGGUAUUGGAAGGCAACGGGAAUGGAAGAAGCUGUGGUUAAUGGAAGUAGCAGCAGGAGAGUUGGCAUCAAAAGAUAUUUGGUUUUCUACAUUGGAGAUGGAGAAGGUGUCAAAACCAAUUGGAUAAUGCAUGAAUAUCGUCUCUCCGAUUCUGAUUCCAGUAGCACCAGCGGCACUAGAUCCUCCAAACGUAGACCACAUAUUUCCAAAAUGGAUUACAGCAAAUGGGUUGUUUGUCGAGUUUAUGAAACAAAUAGUAGUAGUGAUGGGGAAGACGAUGGAAGAGAACUGUCGUGCUUGGACGAAGUGUUUCUAUCGUUGGACGACCUUGACGAAAUCAACAAUUGGCAUUAAAAAGUGCACGCAUUGGUAGAUCUUAGGAUUUAUUAAAGCGACAACUACAUUAAUGUGUUUGUAGGGGAAUGGAAUUAGUAAUUGUAGUAAAAGAAACAUGGAAAAUCCCAUGGUGAUUAUAGGUGACAUUGUGCGGGAUAGUGGAUCAAACAUUCCGCAAGGACAGCCACCAAUUGUGUUGGAAAAAGAUGAGAUGAAUCCAAAAUUUGUAUAUG